UACUUGAAACAUCACAUGUCCAUAACUAGCCCAAGGCUUGAGAAAUAAAAGGUUUUCAUCCUUAGCCUAGUGUUUCUUUAUCUUUGUAGGAACGGAAGAGUCGAUAGCAAAAACGAUAUCUUAAACACCGCUUUCCCUUCAAGGCCAGAUUAUAAUAGUAUUGAUUGAAAAUUGCCUAUUGACAAAAUCAUUGAUAGACAUUCGUUAUGAACUUGAUUGGUUAUUCGCUAUUGUGUACAUUUGUGAUAGCUAUAUUAUUUCAGCAGCUUUAUCAAACCAAAGACUUUGUGGUAUUCUUUAAUUUAAAUUGGUUUCCAAAUAAGAAUACUACUUUUGUAGCGGUCUUGUACAUACUGUUUCUAGCAGUCUUAGGUGAAAUACUACCUGGUAAGACGUUUCCAGGUUCUACUUUAGAAGACGGUUCUCGCCUAUAUUACAAGUGUAAUGGCUUUUCAGUUUUAUUAUCUACCGUUGCUAUGUUCGUUACUUGUCACUAUGCCAGAGUUAUCGAUGGAACUUGGAUUUCUCGUCAUUACUUUGAUCUUUUCGUUAGUGCAAACUGGAUUGCUCUUUGUUUAGCUACAUAUCUGUUUUUAUCGCAUAAGCUAUUUGGAAGGAAGAACUGGUUGAGGAAUCGCAGUUUCUUAUCCGAUUUUAUUCUUGGGAGUGAGCUGAACCCCUUUAUUUGGAAGAUUAACGUCAAGUUCUUUUGGUUGAGGCCGAGUAUGAUUGGUUGGUGUCUUAUCAAUCUUUCUCAUUUAUUCUUCCAGUUUAUCCAGCACCAGAGUAUUUCAGCUCGGAUGGUUGUUUAUCAGCUAUUGACCAAUCUUUAUAUCAUUGAUUACUUUUACAAUGAAGUAAAGAUGACCACAACUUGGGAUAUCAUUGCGGAGCACUUUGGUUUGAUGCUUAUUUGGGGUGACAUAGUUUUCAUUCCAUUUGUCUUUUCUAUUCAGUGUCGCUAUUUAGUCGAUAAUUUUCUUCCUAUGAAAUUCUGGGAAUGGAUAUUGAUUGCUUUAUGUGCCUUUGUCGGUAUUUUUAUGUUUCGUAGCUCGAAUUCACAAAAGCAUCAAUUCAAACAUCAUCCAGAAGCUAAGAUUUGGGGGAAACAGCCGGAAACAAUCGGAGGGAAGUUAUUGGUCUCUGGUUUCUGGGGUAUUGCAAGACAUAUCAAUUAUACCGGAGAUUUACUAUUGGCACUUUCAUUUUGUUUACCGUGUGGCUAUAAAACGGUUAUUCCUUAUUUUUACUUUUUAUAUCUUUUGUUAUUAUUAGUACACAGAGACAUGCGUGAUGAACAACGAUGUGCAAACAAAUAUGGUGCUCUUUGGGAAGAGUACUGUCGUCGCGUACCUUAUCGUCUCGUUCCUUAUUUUUAUUAAACGAACCAAGUUUUCGUUUAACAG